GUUGUGCCGGCGAAAUGCACACUUCUUGGACCCCUGCAUAACUGCUUGCAGUUCUAGUUAUUAUUUUUUUUAUUAUGUAUUUUUCCUGAGAUCUCAGAGGUUUUUGUAUGGUACAAUUUCAUUUAAGAAAACCACUUGUGGCUCACCAGAACUCAAAGAAAAAAGAUAUUGAAGGUUUAAGGUUCUUUGUGAAUUUAACUAUAUUACUGUGUUAUCAUACUAAAUUGUUUAUUACUAUUACUAGAAGUGUGGUACUUUCGUGUAUUAGCAGUAUUUUGUUCUUCAUUCCAUCAUAUUUCUAGUGAUAUCUGCAUUGUGGAAUACUGACUCCAUAAGUUUUGGUUUCAAUAUAUAUAUUUUCUUCAAACUAAAUUGUCGGUUGUCGUGUGAGUUAUUUGGGGUGGAUAUUACAGGUAUAUCCUUACAGUAUAACAACCAAUCUCCUCAUCGAAUCUAAAAUAGAUAAUGACCCCUGCCUCUUGGUUUUAUAAACACACUAGCUUAAGGACUUAGGUGCCAGAGGGGUUACAUUUGCAAGAACAAAAUCUCGUUCAAAGGAGGGUCCACAGCCAAUUUGCACCGUCACAUCAAGACCAGGCACCCUGGGGCCCGGCUUUGCGAGGUGAGGAAGAGGAGGCCGAGGCACCGUCUGCGGCACCGUCUGAGGCACCAUCUGCGGGAUCAUCGCAAACCACAGACUCCAGGGGCAGAGGCCAGGCUACGCAAUCCAGGCUGACCCAGUACAUGUCGCGGCCGAUAACACCGCAACGGCAGAAAAAUCUGGAUGAACAGCUGGCGAAAAUGGUGGUCUGGGACCUACAGCCAUUUUCAUUUGUGGAGGACAGGGGCUUCAAGGCAUUUACAAAGGCCCUUAAUCCCUUUUACACCCUACCAGGUAGGAAGACCGUCUCCAAGCUCCUGGUUCCUCGGCUUUAUGCCACCUGCCAUGCCGGAGUCAAGGAGAGAGUGGGACACGCUGCAGCUGUGUGUCUGACAACAGACUGUUGGACAUCCAGGACGACCCAUAGCUAUAUGUCCGUGACAUGCCAUUUCGUGGAGAACUACGAAAUGGUCAGCUGUCUCCUGGAUUGUUUUCAAUUCAGUGAGCGAAACACAGCGGACAAUUUGUCCGGACAUCUUCUGAGGAUCACGCGUGAGUGGGAGAUCCAGGACAAGGUGGUCGCCUGCGUUUCAGAUGGAGCGUCAAAUAUAACCUUGGCGAUUCAGAAAUGCCGUUGGAAGCACCUGCAUUGUUUUGCCCAUACAUUGAAUCUGAUAGUUAGGGGGGGGUUGAAAAAGCUGUCAGAAACAGUGUAUAAGGUCAAACAAAUUGCGGACCACUUCCAUCGAAGCUCCUUGUCGGCGGAGAAGCUAAGGGCCACUCUGCUUCAAAUGGGUCAGCCAGACCUGAAGGUUCUGCAGGAUUGCCCCACCCGGUGGAACUCAACGUUUUACAUGUUAAAGCGUUUUGUGAGACUGAGGGAUGCCAUCAUCACCACCCUGGCUUUGGUGAAUCAAGCAGUGACCACCUUGACCCAUGAUGAGUGGGCGGCCAUUGAAGAGGCAUGCGAGGUGCUUCAGGCAUAUGAAGAGGUGACAGUGGAGAUCAGUGGAGAAGGCUACGUGACUGCCUCCAAAAUCAUUCUUUUGGCACGGGGUCUGCAGAGGGUCAAUGCAAACCACCUGAGGUCCGGAUGCUUCAAGCAGCCUGUGGUGGUGUCACUUUUAACCUCACUCAACGCCGAGAUGGCAAAGCGUUUCCAUAGGAUCGAGUUCAACGCCUUGCUGUCUAAAUCCUCCAUCCUUGACCCCAGAUUCAAGAGGAAGUCCUUCUCUGAUGACCAGGCAGCCACCGAGGCCAUCCAAAGGCUCACAACUGCUGCAGCACAGGUGACCAUCUCCAAUCCAUCCCAGCAGGAAGCUCUGGUGGAAGAAGGAGCUGCGGGGGGACAAGCCACAGAGGAGAGCAUGGUCUGGGGUGACUUUGACGAGCAGGUCUCAGGGCUCGUUAGUCACCUUAGUGCAGGUGCGGAAGCGACCCUCGAGAUCCGGUCCUUCCUGCAAGAGGCACUGAUCCCUAGGUCCUCCAACCCUCUGACCUGGUGGAAAAGUAGAUUGUUGAUCUAUCCGCGGCUCACUCAGCUGAUGCUGGAGAGAUUGUCUGUGGUCGCCACGUCAGUGCCAUCUGAACGCGUGUUCAGCAAGAUGGGGCUGAUCAUUUCAGAGAGGCGCAGCCGUCUGUCUCCCUCCAAGGCGCAACAAGUGAUGUUCCUGAAUGCGAACCUGAAGUGA